AUGCUAGAGUCAUUUAAAAAGACGUUUGUAAGGGGUCGGGAAAAGCAGGGUAAGACAGACGCAGCGUCGCACAAUGCAGGCAAUGCAGCAGCAGCUGCGGCAAGUGCCGCUUCGGGGGGAGCGGACGCCGGAAAGGCGGAAUGCUCGCAUCCGUCUCCAGGCGGCACGAAUCCAACGGCUCCCGUUCGUCGCGGCCCGAAUGAAGAGAUUGCGCAGGCGAGCUUGCCGCCUUUCGCGGAGCCGCUGCCGUUGUUAAAAGACGUGGGUGCGCAGGAGCAGCAGGCUCUAUUUAUCCGGAAGCUUCGCCUCUGCAGUUACCUCUUCGAUUUCAACGACCCCAUGAAAAACGUGAAGGAGAAGGAGAUUAAGCGGCAAACACUACAGGAGCUAGUCGACUACAUUAAUUCCGGAACCGGGAAAUUUAACGAGGUGGUAUUCGAAGACAUCACGCGCAUGUUGGAGAUUAAUCUCUUCCGGCCGUUACCGCCAUCCGCGCACGCGAUUUCCGGGACGGAAGAGAAUCCGACUAUGGAAGCCGCGUGGCCGCACCUGCAAAUAGUCUACGAAUUCCUGUUUAGGUAUGUCGUCUCUAACGAGACCGACCAGAGGCUCCUAAAGCGUUUCAUCGACCAGCAGUUCAUCUUAAAGCUGCUGAACCUGUUCGACUCGGAGGACCCGCGCGAGCGGGACUAUUUGAAGAGAAUUUUACACCGCAUUUACUUCAAAAUCAUGGGUCACCGGCCGUUCAUCCGCAAGGCGAUUAACAACAUUUUCGACCAGUUUAUCGAGUCAGAGCGUCAUAAUGGCAUUGCGGAGUUGCUGGAGUUCAUAGGAAGCUUUGUCAAUGGGUUCGUGCUGCCUCUUAAACAGGAGCAUACGCAAUCCCUGGAGCGAGUGCUGGUUCCUCUGCACAAGCCUAAGUGCGUGGCGAUGUAUCACCAGCAGCUGUCGUACUGCAUCACUCAGUUUGUGGAAAAAGACCCGAAGCUCGCAGAUUUGGUGCUGCGCGGGUUGCUUAAGUUCUGGCCCUUAUCUAACAGCCAGAAUGAGCUGCUUUUCCUGGAGGAGUUGGAGGAGAUUUUGAACCUUACCCAGGUGCCCGAGUUUCAGAUGGUCAUGACGCCGCUGUUCCAGCAGAUCGCGUGCUGCCUCAGCUCCUCGCACUCUGAGGUGGCGGUGCGAGCGCUGUUCCUGGGGAACAACGACUACAUCGUGACGCUGGUGGCUCAGAAUCGCGCCACCAUCCUGCCGCUCAUCUUCCCCGCCCUCGAGCGCAACGCCAGAAGCCAUCAGAACGAGCUUAACCCUCUCCCACUGCAUCUCCCCUUGCUUCACUCAUCCUCGCUCCAUCUCCCGCCUCCCCGCCUCGCCUCCCCCUCCUCCCCGCCUCCCCUCCUCCCCGCCUCCCCUCCUCCCCUCCUCCCCGCCUCCCCUCCUCCCCUCCUCUGCUCCUCCCCUCCUCCCCUCCUUCCCUCCUCCCCUCCUCCCCUCCUCCCCUCCUCCCCUCCUCCCCUCCUCCCUUCCUCCCCUCUUCCCUUCCUCCCCUCCUCCCCUCCUCCCCUCCUCCCCUCCUCCCCUCCUCUCUGUCCAGGCAGUGAGAGGGCUGAGCAUCAACGUGCGCAACAAGUUUCUGAAGAUGGACCAGGCGCUCUAUGCCAACUCCUCUCCACCCCUUCCCGUUCCCCCUCCUCUCUGUCCAGGCAGUGA